GCAACGAUGGCUGAUGUCAGAAGGCAACCGACUCUCCAUGAGCUCAAGUCGUAUGACAUGUUGGUCACGUCGGCUGUGUUCUUGGGACUCUCUGCCAUGACGGUGAUUGCCAGAAUAUAUGUCAGAGGUUGGAUGAUUCGUUCAUUUGGUUGGGAUGAUUGGCUUAUGAUGGUGACCUGGGGUUUGUUUGCUGUAACAACUUCAUUGCUCAUAAGCAUCGCAUUGGCAGAGAUACACCCACCAGGUGUCGGAGAUCCGGACACCGUCAACGGCAUCUUGACAUUGGUUGUUUGUAUCUUUGGGCUCUACAUCCUGACCACCAUUAUAUUCAAGCUCAGUCUGGCCGUCUUCUUCCUCCGUGUCGUCAACCAGCGCUGGCAACGUCAAGUUAUCAUCGGUUCAGUGACGCUCUACACCCUUUUCGGAACCGCCUGGCUCUUCGUUGCCAUCUUUCAGUGCGGCAAUCCUGGAGAUUAUGGAAAGAACGAACUGCUGGGCAAGUGUCUGCCGUUCAAGACCAUCCUCCGACCUCUCAACUACACUCACGGAGUACUCAAUGCCGUCACCGAUUGGAUCUUUGCAAUCAGUAAGUCGCAACACUCUUGUAAAUACACCACAAACGAGGCCGAGACCUAA